AGAGCUGGCAAAAGAUAAAUGGUGAAGAACCUGUGUGCUUUGAAGCCAGAGAUAAUCUGUAUGGCUCCUUCAAUUUGACAAAGAGUGGACGAGUGAGGACAAUGAAGCUUAUUCAUAGAUCAGGGUCGGUGCACUGCAACCCCACGACUGGUGCAUCCUACUGGGGCUGCACUAAUCAAGGAUAUGGAGGAAAUUUGAUGACAAUCAUCACAGAUGCCGAUAAGAAACCUGUCUUUCCACCUACUGAAGAUUUGAAAGGGGAUUCCUACAGUCUUCCUGGAUAUCACCAUAAUUCAAUUGAACUGGUUUUUCGCAAAAUCCUCAAUCCGUUGUCUGUUUCGAACAACCAAGAGAUGCAGAUAUGGUACGGACAGGAUUGGAAAGAUUAUGGAGAGUAUGAUAACAGUGGUAAAACUUGUGUUGAUGUGUAUGCAUGGUAUGAGUGAAUCUGUCGACUGGAGACAUUGCAUUCGAUCAUUUUACGACGUAGUAG